UGUGUUUCCGGUCUGUCUCUCUCAGUUAGCAUUAGCCUGUUAGCUGUGUUUCCGGUCUCGAAACAAACUGACUCCUCAGAAAACUGUCACUAACGGUUGGCAUUCGGUACCCUGAGCAGUGAACGGUUUAUCAGAGGAACACAGACAACUGCUGACAGGGAGAAUCGAUGUAUUACUAUCGAUAUGACAGUGCUGAGGUCAGCUGCUGCUACAAAUACCUCAUGUUCAGCUACAACAUCAUCUUCUGGCUGGCAGGAGCCGCUUUUAUCGCCGCUGGUUUCUGGGCGUGGAGCGAAAAGGGAGUCCUGCUGGAUUUGACCCAGGUGACCCGGCUUCACGGGUUUGACCCUGUCUGGCUGGUUCUGGUCGUUGGAGGAGUGACGUUCAUCCUGGGCUUCGCCGGCUGCGUGGGAGCUCUGAGAGAAAACAUCUGUCUGCUGAAGUUUUUUUCGGGUGUGAUCGGCUUCAUCUUCGUGCUGGAGCUAACAGUGGCGGUGCUAGCUGUGGUUUUCCAGAGUCAGGUCAGAGAAUGGAUCAACGACUUCUUCCUGGCUAAUGUCAAAGCGUACAGAGAUGACAUUGACCUCCAGAACCUCAUCGACUCCCUGCAGAGGAUGAACCACUGCUGUGGAGCGCAGGAACCGGACGACUGGGACCUGAAUGUGUAUUUCAGCUGCAACGGGACGCAUCGCAGCAGAGAAAAGUGUGGGGUCCCUUUCUCCUGCUGCAACGCCGACCCCUCAGACUCAGUGGUGAACACUCAGUGCGGCUACGACGUGAGAAACAUACUAAACAAGAUAGAAUGGAGUGAGCACAUCUACACUAAAGGCUGUAUCUCUGCUCUGGAGGAUUGGUUACCUGGAAACCUGUACACAGUGGCCAUCGUCUUCAUCGUCAUCUCCCUGCUGCAGAUGGUAGGGAUCUACCUGGCCAGGACUCUGAUCUCUGACAUCGAAAAGGUCAAAUUCAGCUACUGAAGCCUCACCUGCAUGGGGCUGGGCCUCGUCAGCUGUUCUUGGACAUGUCUUCUGUCAGUCGUGCCUUCUUCUUCUUCCUGAUGAUUUCAAACUGCAGCUCCUGUUUACGUGCCUCCUGUGGACCAUUUAUUAACCAGAGUGACCUUCUGCUUAGUGCCUCCUCCUCCUCAUGCUCCUCCCCCUCCUCAUCCUCUCCCUCAUUGUCUUCCUCCCCCCUCUUCUUCAGGUUGAUCUCUGGUCUUCUUCUGUGGUUUCUAAACUUCAGGUUUUUUUUGGAGUCUGUGUUUUGGAGGCGGGGCCAGGGCCGUGUGGAGCUCUGCGAUUGGACGUUCAGAAACCACAGAAGAAGAACCAGUUUGCAAUGAAAACUUUAUUGACACUGGAUUCACGGUGACGAGCUUUGAAUGAUUUAGUUUAAAUGUUUUGUAUAACGUUUUCAGGAUGUUUGAGCCAAUCAGAACAAAGGUCUAAUUAUUGUUAAAGUGUUUUAUCUUAAUGAUCUAAAGACUUUAAUCCGUGUGUUGGAAACUGUUUUUUAUUAAAGUGAAUUUCUAUGUGUUUUUAUAAGCAGCAAAAUAAAUAAAAUGAAGUGGGUCUGAGA